AUGAAGGGCUACUUUGAAACUUCAUCUAGAAACUAUAUAGAUUUAUAAAUUAAGUAAGAAAUUAGCUGUAACUAGUUUGUGAAGGUAAUUAUUUUUUUUAUUUGCUAAGCUUGUGAAUUUUAAUGCGAUAUUUGUGAAUCAAUUUCAUUACUUAUACUUGCUAAACAAUGCCCUCGAAUGCAAUGACGUGUAAGGAAGGUCGUAUAAACAAAUCGUGCGACUGUGAAGAAGGAUAUUUUGAAGGCGGACAAAAAUUAUGCGAUAGUACGUAUUGGAUCAAUAUUAUAAGAAUGUGACUUUUAAUGUCAAAAAUGCAAAGACAGUUCAGCUAAUCUAGUUUGUAUGGUUUUUAUUUAUUUCUCUCUAUAAGGUGAUAAAGUGUAAAUUCCAUUCUGUCAAUGUUUGGACGGUUAUUAUGAUGAUUUUUAAAGUGUAAAUUGCUUGA